GGGGUUUACGGGAUUUAGGGCAACAAAUCUCAGCCUGGUCGAGUCAUUUUGGGACGAAGUCUCCAUGCGCCCCCACGACCCGCUGUGUUUGGGACAGUGGCACGCACACGCACGAGACAAACGGACAAAAGUUGGACUUUCUUUUUCAUUUCUUUUUUCCUGAACAGCGUGAUUCCAAACAGAGCAAAAUGAUGACCAAGCCAUUUAGAAAGAGCGGCGAUAUGAGUGAGCUGGUGAGCUCCCUCACCUGGCUGGAGGAAGACGGCAGCUCGCAGGAUGGCGAGGAAAGCCCCGAGAUGAGGGGGCACCACAUCCUGAUGGAGGCGGGCAGACACUCCUGCUCCGAGCUGGGCAGUGAGGACAUGGAAGAGGAAGAGGAGGAGGAGGAGGAGGACGUGAGAGGGCCGAAUGGAGAAAUGGCUCCCAAAAGGAGGGGCCCCAAGAAGAAGAAGAUGACCAAAGCUCGCCAGGAGAGGUUCCGCGCCCGCCGCAUGAAGGCCAACGCCAGGGAACGCUCUCGCAUGCACGGGCUGAACGAUGCACUGGACAAUUUGCGCCGAGUGAUGCCCUGCUACUCCAAAACACAGAAGCUGUCCAAGAUCGAAACGUUGCGGCUGGCCCGCAACUACAUCUGGGCGCUGUCGGAGGUGUUGGAGAACGGCCAGUCUCCAGAGAGCCACGGCUUCAUGGAGAUGCUGUGUAAGGGCCUGUCACAGCCCACCAGCAACCUGGUGGCCGGCUGCCUUCAGCUGGGACCCGCGCCGCUACUCAUCAACAAGCUGGAGGACAAGUGUGGAGGCCCUGGGUUGGGCGGUGUGGGGGGUCAGGUCGGCCAUGCCCUCAGCUACCCGUCCCCGGGGCUCCCCAGCCCCCCUUACGGCUCCCUGGAGGCAUCCCACCUCCUCCACAUGAAGGGAUUCAAGGCGGGCCAGGCCUUUGACAACCCCUCCCCUAACGAGUGCAGCAGCGGCACCCCGCCGUACGACGGGCCCCUCACCCCACCCCUCAGCAUCAGCGGCAACUUUGCCCUGAAGCAGGAGCCUUCGCCCCAAGACUCCGAGAGGAACUACACCAGCCACACGGCCCACCACGCCCAUUACCUGCCAUCCCAGCAUUACACCGCAUCCGCAAGUGCCGGCCUACCUGGUGGGCAUCAGGGCCACCCGCUCUUUCAGGCGUCCCGUUAUGAGCUGCCCCUGGAUGCGCCCUUUGACUCCUUCACUUCCUCUCAUCUGUUGGCCUCUCAGAUGGGUGCCAUGUGAAAAGACCCAAGCAGACCAAAGCUGUGAAGGCAGUAGCCCACCAUGGCCUUCACUGACUGUAUAAAGCAGCGUUGGGCAAAUUCAGUGCUGGUCGGGGCAACAAUUUCUCAUCACUGCUCCUGUUGAGGCGUAAGACCACGCACUUCCUAACCCAGUGUAUGACAAAAAAAAAAAUUUAAAUAUGGCAAUGUGCAAAGUACGUGCUCUUAAUUCAUUGCAUUUUUCAUAAGACGUUUGUUAAAGCAUCUCUCCUCACUCAACAACAAAAGGUUCAAAGCAAACAACCACAAACAUAACUUUUUCCUCAGUGCAAAGGGCACUCAUGUAUAAAAAUUAACAUUUGAAGAUGAAAAGAAACUGCAGAACAGGCAACCAAUAUUUGUUUGUUUGUUUGUUUAUUGAUGAAGCAAAACAACGCAUUUUUUCAAUGUUUUUCAACUGACUCAAAUUGUUGAUUGAGGGACUGUUUGUACUGCAUAUUAUUUUGAAUUUGCAAAAAGAUCGGGCCUACUCACACGGUAUUAUAGAGACCCUGUAUAAACACAACCGCUAGAUGUCUGCCAUCUAGCAGUAAUUUGUGAUACUCCAACUUAAAAAUACAGUCAAUCCCAGCAUAUUUGCAUUUUGGUACCAAUCCAUUCUCAUAUUCAAUGAUUUUUUUCCCCUUAAACAACCUUUUUUAUAAUUUGGAUGUUCCCAUUUCUCUGGGAUUUUUCUAUACCCUAUUUCCUCACUUUUUUCAUGAUGAACGUAUGUUGAAUGCUUGUCGGCAUUUAGGGAAGAUUUAUUUUGGUUUGUAAAAAAAAAAAAAAAAUCAAAUUUUCGGGGGAUUGGGGUGGGUGGGAAAAAAUCAAGGGGCUAUUCAGAGUGUUGUAGCCAGUUGCCCAUCUCGGGUUAUAGAGACUGCAGUGGUUUGCAUUUUGGAGUUGUAAUCAGCUGAGAGAGCAGCCAUCUUUACGAGAGAGACUGAUCACUCUGCAUUCAUCUACCUGAUAGAUUUCAUCUUUGAUAUUUUAUUUAUUCGGUUUAGUUCUGAAGUUUUUCGGUUGAAUUGUGGAUGAUCAGCUCUGUUGGAGGCUACAGUCCGGUGUCACAAAAAAUUUAACCAAGGACACAAACAACCGGAACUUUUCAUCUAUCUUGACUUGUGCACUGAGGCCUUGACCACUUAACCAUAAGAAAAGCAAUGAAUUUAUUUAUAUUUGUAUUUAAUAUUUAUUUGGAUACUGUCUUGGUUUAAAAAAAACACAGCAUUUUCUCAGCACUGUUUUCUGUUUUGUUUAAUUGUCUUCUUGGUUUGUUAUUAGACAGUCCCUGGCAGCUGUACUGUAUUUAAGUUAUUUAUUUGAGGUCUUCUGGGUGCUCGUUCAUUUGGUGUCACUAAUUUGGGGUGUCAUUGUUGUAAAUAUUUGGCUGUUUCGCACUUAAUUGAAUAAAUAUUCUUAUACAGUAUUAUAUGCCAUUUCCAUUGCGAUAUUUUGUUUGUCAUUGUGCAAUUUUCUUACAUGCAGUAUUCUCACAAAAAUGAAAUUCAUUCACGAGCUA